GCUGCCUGGUGAGCCUGACCCCUCCCCUCUCACUGGGCAAAGUCCUUGGACAGCCUCAAAUCCUGUCUCAGAAGCUCUGAAGGAACGUAGUUAAUUCACCGUGUGCUUUUUAACAAUAUCUAAGAUGGUGCGUGAACAAUACACCACGAUCACGGAGGGCACCCAGAUAGAGCGGCCAGAGAACCAGGCUGUCUACAAAAUUGGCAUUUAUGGCUGGAGAAAGCGUUGCCUGUAUUUGUUCGUCCUUCUUUUGCUCAUCAUUCUCCUUGUGAAUUUUGCUCUUACCAUUUGGAUUCUUAGAGUCAUGUGGUUUUCCCCAGUAGGCAUGGGUCACCUGCAUGUUACGGCAGAUGGACUUCGCCUGGAGGGGGAGUCUGAGUUUUUAUUCCCAUUGUAUGUCAAAGAAAUACGCUCCAGAGAGGACUCAUCUCUGCUUCUGCAGUCUACACAGAAUGUGACCAUGAAUGCACGCAACACAGAAGGAGAAGUCACAGGCAGGUUAAAAGUGGGUCCCCAAAUGGUAGAGGUCCAGAGUCAGCAGUUUCAGAUCCACUCCAAGGAUGGCAAACCACUGUUCACUGUGGAUGAAGAGAAAGUCAUGGUUGGUACAGAUAAACUUCGAGUAACUGGGCCUGAAGGGGCUCUUUUUGAACAUUCGGUGGAGACACCCCUCGUAAGACCUGACCCACUCCAGGAUCUGAGACUAGAAUCUCCGACACGGAGUCUCAGCAUGGACGCCCCAAAAGGCGUUCACAUUCAAGCCCCUGCGGGGAAGAUCGAGGCCCUUACCCAGAUGGACAUCCUCCUUCAGAGCAGUGAUGGGACGGCUCCGCAGCUCCUACAGGGCUCAGGGCUCCCUCGGGCACCCCUCAGGUCAGUCUCCACUCGUGGGGGACAGGGGAGCAGGGUGGGAGCUCUUCUGAAGAGCAGAGCCAUCCCCAGCAUGAAGCCAGCGAGGCUGGGUUGCUUGUACUGUUUGUCCCUGCCGUUCCCCGAACUAACACGUCACAGCUCACUGGGCUUCAAUCUUCUCUGUAUUAUAACUGCCACUGCACACUGGCUGUGGUUUAAAAACCAAGUGAACUUUGGGUCGGGCAUAAACAAGCAGGUGGAACAAGAGGGUAAGAAGGGCAUGGAACAGAAAGUGAAUUUUGAGCUGAACAGUCAGUGCAGCUUCGGUUUUUGUCCUGGGCUUUGUAUCCAGGGCCUUAACAAACACAAGAGAAAGCAGCAGAGAUUUUAAACAUGCGGUUCUUCUUUUCAAAUAUAAUGUAACUCACGUUGGCUCUGGUAUCCAUGUCCCUCCAGGCUCUCCCACACCUUGACAGCAUGGGCCUGGGACCGGCUUCCUAACCAAUGGAGGACGGAUGACAUUUUAGACCAAAUGUGGCAAAACAAGAUCAGUGGAGAAGCUCUAGAAGUCAGGGGUUUAGGAAACUCCACCCGCAGUUAGGAAGCUCCAGCUCCUGCCCGUGGGCAGGCGUCCCGCGGGCCACAGACUGUGGCCCCGAUAGCCGGUCAACUCCUGAAAGGAGACCUCUUCCCACAUGGUGUCUGCAUGUCUCCCGCUGACUCCAGACUCUGGUGAAACCCUGAGCAAUACGUGACUAGCUAAGUCUUGUCUACUUGCCAUUUUCUACUCUUUUAUCCUUGAGGUCGACAAAACACUGGAAGGACACAGGAUGUCAACUGGCAAUGAUGGAAAGACACCCACUGGUCCCCAAAACUAACCUGUAAACUACUUCUCUUUAUUUGACUAAACGCUACGUGAACGUCUUCCCAGAAUCAUUCUCGGGCCUUCACCUGUUCCCCCUGGCGGCUGUGGACCACUCGGGCCUCCUGCCAACACAGAGCCCACCUCCAUGGGCAGAAGGGCUGUUCCAACCCCCUCCCCGAGAGCAGCUGCUCACACACCAGUUGGCAGUCUCGUUUCCUUUUAAUAAGAAAUGCAAAAUACGGUAAAAGGCGCAAAAUAAAAGUAAUAAUAAAAAUAGUUUGGGUCCAAAAUUCCUUAGCCUGAACUUCAAAAUCUAAAAGUUUCAAAUAAUGAAAACUUCCCAAAUCCAUCUGCUAUAAAUUCUGGACAGCAAAACCUGAUCUAAGUUUAGAUGAGGCUGUUUCUCAGGUCUGUAUAGUUUAGGGUGGGUAGGUGUUCACGGUUUCACUGUGUUUCAUUAAAGGGAGCGGCCCAACCCCCACCCCCAAUGGAAAAGCCUCAUUAAACCCAGUUUAUAUGCACUCGUGUUAACUUUCUAAAAUCCAAAUUCUGAAAUACAUUUGGAUGCAAGGGCUUCAUGUAAAGGACUGCAAACCUAUAAUUUUUCUGUUAAAGGAAGUCUAGAAAAAACACAAAACUCCAACUACAUCAACUAUCACAAAGGCCAAAAUUUUCUGUGUACAUUUUAAUAUCUGAAAGCAAUAAAAUACAUUCCAAGUGUUGAAUCUGAGUUUUAAAGUAGCAAGAACUUAAAAGUCCCAGAUAGCUGGAGAUCCAGCAUUUGGGGGGCCCCGGGACAGAGAACCCCAAGUUUGGUGUGUAGGAUUUGAAAACUUGUGCCUCAGGUAUAAGAGGAACAUUGCCCACCUAUUAGGGCUCAGGUGUGAACUAGUCCCAGCCCACAGCCCUUCCCUGAGGCAAGGUCGGCAUCCAUCCAGCCUCUACUACAGAAUAAUUCUAUUUCAUAUAUUUCUAAAUACAUAUGUGUAUCACAUAUGUUGAAGCUCCAAUACUUUGGC